UCGCGGAAGUGUGACUUAGAAGAGUUCAUCCUGCUGUCUCCGAAAGCCAGUGCUGUUGUAGCCACUGUGACCUCCAAAACAAAUAGUAAAAUCUCACAACAAUGUCUCUGUCUUUCGAGGGAAGAGUUGUGCUUGUCACUGGGGCCGGAGGAGGUCUUGGCAGAGAAUAUGCACUGGCUUUUGCUGAAAGAGGCGCCUCAGUAAUAGUGAAUGACCUUGGAGCAGACACUAAAGGAGGUGGAAAGAGUUCUGCAGCUGCUGAUAAGGUGGUGGAAGAGAUAAGAGCGAAGGGAGGCAAGGCUGUGGCAAACUAUGAUUCUGUAGAAGAUGGAGAAAAGCUGAUCCAGACCGCAUUGGAUGCAUUCGGAAGAAUAGAUGUUGUUGUAAACAAUGCCGGAAUUCUUCGUGACCGAUCAUUUGCCAGGACAAGCGAUCUGGAUUGGGACCUCAUUCAAAGAGUUCAUUUGCGAGGCGCUUUCUUAGUGACUCGAGCUGCCUGGAACCACAUGAAAAACCAAAAGUUUGGCAGAAUCAUCAUGACAGCUUCAGCCGCAGGGAUCUACGGCAACUUCGGCCAGGCAAAUUACAGCGCUGCCAAGCUGGGCUUGCUGGGACUGGCUAACACUUUGGCAAUCGAGGGCCACAAGUACAACAUCCACUGCAACACGAUUGCUCCUGUUGCUGGGUCACGCCUCACAGAAACAGUCAUGCCUCCAGAUCUUGUGGCAUCUCUGAAGCCUGAGUAUGUUGCGCCUUUGGUCCUCUGGCUCUGUCAUGAACAAUGCCAAGAAAAUGGAGGCCUGUUUGAGGUUGGUGCAGGCUGGAUUGGUAAAUUGCGCUGGGAGCGUACUCAGGGCCAUAUUGUGAGACAAAAGAACCAACCCAUGAAACCCGAGGCCAUCAGGGACUACUGGGAAAAUAUCUGUGAUUUCACAAAUGCCACAAAGCCUGCUACUGUACAAGAGUCUCUGCAGUCAAUGGUGAGUGCGCUGUCUCGAGUGGAGUCGCAGGGUGAAGUUGGUACAAAUUCAACAGCAGCUGCAGCCUCUGCAGGGUUGGGAUCAGGAAUUGAUCCUACUAAAGCAGUGGGACAAAAACUUCCUCCAACCACAUUCAGCUUCAACCAUACCCAGUGCAUCCUUUAUGCAUUGGGGGUCGGAAUGUCCACCAAGGAUCCAGACCAUCUUAGGUUCCUGUAUGAAGGCCAUCCAGACUUCAGCUGCCUCCCCACCUUCGGGGUCAUUCCCUGCCAGGAAGCUAUGAUGGGUGGCGGGUUGAGCUCAGUCCCUGGACUCAACAUAGAUUUUACACAGGUAUUGCAUGGAGAACAGUACUUGGAGCUUUACAAACCUCUUCCAACUUCAGGUGAACUCACCUCUGAGGCCACGAUAGCAGACGUGUUGGACAAAGGAUCUGGAGCUGUCAUCCUCUUGGAUGUGAAUACUUACAGUGGUAAUGAGCUGGUGUGCUACAACCAGUUCUCAGUGUUUGUUGUCGGUGCUGGAGGCUUUGGAGGAAAGCGAAGCUCAGAGAAAGCCAAACCUCCUGUUCCUCCUCCUAAACGCUCACCAGAUGCUGUUGUGAUUGAUUCGACCACAAGAGACCAAGCUGCCUUGUAUCGUCUGAGUGGAGACUGGAACCCUCUUCAUAUAGACCCCAGCUUUGCUGCUAUGGGAGGCUUCAAGGCUCCCAUCCUGCACGGCCUGUGUUCCUUUGGCUUCGCUGCGAGACACGUCCUCAAGCAGUUUGCCGACAAUGACCCCUCCAGAUUCAAGGCCAUCAAGGUUCGCUUUGUGAAGCCCGUGAUGCCGGGUCAGUCGCUGCAGACUGAGAUGUGGAAGGAAGGCAACAGAGUUCACAUCCAGUGCAAAGUAAAGGAGACAGAUGCAGUCGUGCUGGCAGGAGCCUAUGUGGAUUUACACGGCGCAUCAGGAACUUCUCCAGAAAAUCUCCCUCAGGGAGGCGGCCUUCAGAGCGAGCUGGUGUUUGCAGAAAUUGGCCGUCGUAUUAAAGACUUGGGCUCAGAGCUGGUCAAGAAGGUGAAUGCUGUGUUUGGCUGGGAGAUCACGAAAGACGGGAAGAAAGCGGCACAGUGGACCAUUGAUCUGAAGAGUGGCAGUGGGGCAUUGCACAAGGGGCCUUACAGCGGAAAGGUGGACGUGACCUUCACUGUGUCAGACGAAGACUUCUUGGAGGUGGUGCAGGGGAAACUCAACCCUCAGAAGGCCUUCUUCUCUGGCAAGCUGAAGGUUAGAGGGAACAUCAUGCUGAGUCAGAAGCUGGAGGUUAUCCUGAAGGACUACGCCAAGCUGUGAGCUCCUCAGCCAGCCAAUCAAAUGACUUCAAGAACUGACCAACCUACAAGCUCAGUCUCCCCUUCUGUCUACUUUUCUUAUCCUGGUGUGUGCGUGCGUGCGUGCGUGUGUGUGUGCAUACUUUUCCUCUCUAGGGAAAUGCACAAAGUGACCCUCAAAAUUUAUUCUGAAGUGUCACUAAUCAAAUCUCAAGGAGUCUAAAAUAAAGAUCAAAUAAAGUGUCUUCAAUUUCAGCCACCAUGAGGAGAAACUAAUUGGUUAUUACACCUGGUUAACGUCAGUCGAUGCUAAACACGCACUCAACACCAGCGCUCAAUGAUUCAUGUAGAAAAUUAACCAGUUUUUCAUGUAUUUAAUUGUUUCUCUUAAAGUUUCAAUAAGCUUGUACUCAAACGUGCCGAAUGAAACGACUGUGCUUCUAUAAAAAUGAACUAAUUAAGAAUAAAAAUUAAUUGUUUACUACU